CUGUACCUCUGGACGCAUUCGUGCUCCGUUGCUCGUGUCGUUGACUGUUGGAGCCCCUUCGGCCGUCGCCGCCACCUCUUGUGCACCAUGCCGGUGGACCUGAGCCAAUGGAACGGGCCCUUGGCCCUGCGGGAGGUGGACGAGAAGCCGCAGCACCCGCUCACCGUCAAGUAUUCGGACAGCGAGAUCAAGGAGCUGGGCCAAGUGCUGACGCCCACUCAGGUGAAGGGCCGCCCCAUCAGCAUCGAUUGGCAGGGCUGUGACCCCUCGAAGCUCUACACCCUGGUCCUCACCGACCCAGAUGCCCCCAGCAGGAAGGACCCCAAGUUCCGGGAAUGGCACCAUUUCCUGGUGGUCAACAUGAAAGGCAGCGACAUCAGCAGCGGGACCGUCCUCUCGGAUUACGUGGGCUCCGGCCCACCCAAGGGAACAGGUCUUCACCGCUACGUGUGGCUGGUUUAUGAGCAGAGUGGGCCACUCAAGUGCGAUGAACGGAUCCUGUCCAACCGUUCUGGGGACCACCGCGGCAAGUUCAAGGUGGCCGCCUUCCGGAACAAGUACAAGCUGGGGCCCCCCAUAGCCGGCUCGUGCUACCAGGCCGAAUGGGAUGAUUACGUGCCCCGGCUGUACGAGCAGCUGGCCGGGAAGUAGGGCCCUGUCAUGGGGUGACCCCUCCCCGGGCGAUGGGAGCAGAUGCCCCCCCCCUAUUUCCAUAGGUGCCAUUUGUUUGGGCAUCAACUGGCACGGUCUUUCUAGUGGGGGAGGGGACUUGCUGGCUUAGUGUGUUAGCAAAUGGGAGGGGGAGGGAGUCGAUGUUAGUGAAAGUCAUGGUUUGAUUUGUAGCAUCCUGGGGGAGAAAAAAAAAAUAAUCUGGAAAGAAGCCCCUAGCUUCCUCUGCCUGUGCUUCCUGUUCCUGUUGCCCCAUUCUUUUCUUCUGGUAUGUUAAUGGACAGAACUGGAAUCUGGAAGGUCCAAGAUCCUUUUUCAUGGGAAGUUUUCUCUUCCAAAAGAAGCAGAUCAAGGGGUUCUUGGCCAGCAUGUCAUUUAAAAAGAAUUGAAGCCGAUUUAAACCCACCUUUGACCUCUUAUUUCCUGGGAAGCUGUUUGGGGGUCUCAUUUGUAGCUGGAAGGUGGGGGGCAUUGCUGAACUCCCCUCCCCUCCACAUCCCCCCAGUUGGGCGCUCGUGGCCACCGUGUCCACGUUUUGGGUUCGAGUUGUUUGUUGUGCUCACAUUUUGGUGUUGAAUCUGCUGAUCUUUGUGGUUGUAAGGAGUUGACUUACCAACAUUUGUUUAAUUCUGCUGUUUGCUUAUUGUUGAAUAAAAAAAAUGGACUAGAAUAA